ACCACCAUCCCUACCAUGUGGCCAGGAAAUACAGAAAGCAUAGAUGAAGCUCUCCCGGUCCUUUUAGUUAUGCUGAAGAUGAAUUGCCUUGGGUUCUUGGUGUCUGUGUUUCUACAAUCCUAUCAAAGCAGCGCUGCAUUUGUGGCAGAAAGAAAACACGUGGACUCAAUUGUGAGACUCUCCAGCACCAUGGCUCUUAAAUGUGUCUACCCAACAAAUGCAUCCAUUUCUCAGAUGACAUGGCAGAAGGAAGAGAAUGAAAAGAAACGGAUCAUUGCAGUCUUCAGGCUGCCUUAUGAUUUAUAUAUAGAAAGCAACUAUAAGGCCAGAGUCCAGGUCACUAACCUUACCUCAAACAACAAGUCUUUGGUUUUCAACAACACUAGUGAGGCAGAUGUUGGUUUUUACCAAUGCUCCUUUCAUACUUUUCCAUAUGGGAUCUGGGAAAAGAGGAUACAUGUUGUUCAAUCUGGACCUUUUGAGCUUCCAGACUUGUCAAAGUAUCAUGUGACUACUGAACCAGGACAAAAUGUCACCUUUACAUAUAGGAAUGACUCUGAUGUAGCAGUGAAUCAAGUGACAUGGGAAAGAGUUCAACCUGACUGUAUAGACUUUAUAAUCCAGUGUGCUGAUUCCGAAAUGCCAAUCUAUGGUUCGGAUUAUGAAAACCGUGUGGAUUGUUCCUCUGAAAGAAACAGUUCAAUUGUACUUUGGCAUGUCACACCUUCUGACUCUGGAAUGUACCGCUAUUCUUACAACAAGGUGAAUGGAGAAAAUGGAACUGGCUGGAUAAAACUGACCAUUAAUAGCCAUGUACCUAUGAUUACUAUGCUGCAUAUGAUUUUGUUUUUUGGAAUUGCUGCCUUUUUAAUGCUGGCUAUUACGGUCAUCCUUUCUAGAAGAAAGAGGAAAAGGAUUAAGAUGAUGAGAGACCACGUAGCUUCUCGUAGACAGCUUCCGUAUCAACACAAAAACUGCGCUGAUCACAGCUCAGCAAAUGCAAGUCAAAAUCCAAGUUCUACAGAAACAGAGGAGCCAAUAUAUGUCAACUGCAAACAGAUGAAGCAAAUAUGCAGUGAGGAUGUACAGUAUAUGUUUCUGGUAUUAUAUCUAAGUUUUCAAAAACACUGUUAACAAUAUGACAUGGAAUGAAAACCUACUGUGCUAAACAGAACUGACAGGAUCCAGCCCUUCAGAAGCAUACCCAGGAGAUGGGAUGUGGUAUCCCACUAAAUAUGGUGUCCUUCCUCCCUUCCUAAUCCUAACCCAUAACAUGCCAUUUACAAAUCUCUGUCCCAGGAUAUGUGAUAGCAAAAUACAUAUCCUACUCACCCAGUUGCAAAGUGCACUUCUUAUGAAUAUUUUUCUCUAAUCCACCCAGAAGGCAACCCAGAAUGGAUAUAGUUCUUAUGAUGGUUUAUGCAACAUUCUUGAUAAAUAUAUAUGCAGAAGUUGACUGGAGUCAGGAGACAUCCAAAUUGAAUGAAUGAAUGAAUGAAUAAAUAAUUUAGUUAACAUUUUUCAUGCACUGAUGAUGCAACUAUUUGUGAACAUCUUUGU